AUUGUUUGCAACACAUAGUGCACCAUAUGUUAGUUUGAUUUGAAUUAGUAAUACAGCAAAAACAUCGCUUGAUGUAUGGGUCUAUUCAAUCCAGCCAAUAAACACGCUGGGCAGAGGCAUGGCAGUCGUGCUGGCUUUUUUCGGACACAAGGCAGGAAUGCUCCCGCUUGAAGAGUGGUUUUUGCAGCAGUUCAAGCCUCGGUUUGUCAAAACGUCCCAGUCCCACCGGUUGCAGAGCCAGAGCACGACUGUGUACAAACAACGAAAAAAGCUCAUCCAGUUCACAAACAGUCCCACUCUGAAAUUUCCCACUUCCAGAAUUUUUCUGAGAAUGAUAAAAAAAGAAAGCCUUACAUUAUACAGUUAUACUUUAAAGAAAUCUAAAGAUGUUUUGAAUUUUAAUUUUCAAUUGAAUUUAAGAUAUCACAUUAUUAAAAGCAGUUAAAAACAUUAUACCGGAAAGUGUUUCAUUGAAAGGUUUGUUAAUAUUACAAAUUACCUUAUAAGACUUCUCGAUAUUUUAUAGAAAAGGCGGACUUGUCAC